UGAGGACGCGUGAUCCACAAGAUGGAGACGCCAGGUCUCAAAGCGGCAUAGCCAACAGCUCCACAAUUUGGACACGCCAGGUUUUGAAGUUUCGGGACGUGUCUUACAUGCAUGAUGGCAUAUAUGCAGAAUUAUGACCCCCUCACUCUAUAUGUGUGUAUAUAUACUUGUGUAUGUAUGCAAGUAUGGAGUACAAAUAGAAAAAUAUAGAAGCAAAAAUGGCUCAUGCAACUUUCACAGCUGAUGAUCAAAAGCUAGAGUUUUUCAGGCUGCUGAGUGGCCACAAAAUCCCUGCCGUUGGAUUAGGCACUUGGAGAUCUGGUUCUCAGGCCGACAACUCUGUUUUCACUGCCAUUGUCGAGGGUGGUUACAGACACAUAGAUACAGCUUGGGAGUACGGGGUUCAAGAAGAUGUUGGCCAUGCAAUCAAGGCAGCAAUACAUGCAGGACUUGAGAGGAGGGAUCUUUUCAUCACUUCCAAGAUAUGGUGCACAGGCUUGACACCUGAAAGGGUUCGACCUGCAUUGCUAAACACCCUCCAAGAACUCCAACUUGAAUAUCUUGAUCUUUAUCUGAUACACUGGCCAUUUCGUCUUAGAGAAGGAGCGAGUAGGCCUCCCAAGGCCGGAGAAGUAGAGGAGAUGGACAUCGAAGGCGUGUGGAGAGAAAUGGAAAAGCUCGUCAAAGAGAACCUCGUUAGAGACAUCGGUGUCUGCAACUUCAGUUUGAAGAAGAUGAACAAGCUGCUAGGGCUUGCUGAAACCAUGCCUUCCGUGUGCCAAAUGGAAAUGCAUCCUGGUUGGAGAAACGACAAGAUGCUGGAGUUUUGCAAAAACAACUCCAUCCAUGUCACUGCGUACUCGCCGCUUGGUUCAUCGGAAGGAGGAAGAGAUCUUAUCCACGACGAGACGGUAGAAAGAGUAGCGAAGAAGGUGAACAAGAGCCCGGGUCAGGUGCUGGUGAAAUGGGGGAUGCAGAGGGGAACCAGUGUUAUCCCGAAAUCAAGCAACCCUGAGAGAAUAAAGGAGAACAUCAAGGUGUUUGAUUGGCAACUGCCGGAUGAAGAUUUCCAAGCUCUCUGCAACAUACCUCAACAGAAACGAGUGUUGGAUGGAGAGGAAUUGUUUGUGAACAAGAACCAAGGGCCCUUCACAAGCGUGGCUGAUAUUUGGGAUCAUGAAGAUUGA